AUGAUUCCCUACUUUGUGCAGAAUCCUGUUUCUUACAUCAGUUUCCGAGCACUCAGAGAUGCUUACUUAACUUUUGAUAUUGAAAUAUCCUUCAAACCGGAAACCACAGAUGGUAUGUUGAUUUACAAUGGACAGACAGUUGGACAAAAUGUACAGGUAUCUGGUGAUUUCCUGUCAUUUGGAAUGUCAAAUGGACGAGCAGAAUUUCGUUAUAACAUGGGAUCGGGUGCAGCCAUCAUCCGUAGUGCCGCACCUUUGGAAUUAGGGCAGUGGCACACGGUUGUACUUCACCGUAACCGAAUACAGGGAUCCAUGAUAGUUGACGGACAGGUUCCUGUUAAUGGCACAUCGCUGGGAAGAUUCCAGGGACUAGAUCUUACGGAUAAUCUCUAUUUAGGUGGUUUCCCGGAGGAUGCUGUUAUCGCCAAGGCAUCUGGAUUCACAAAAGGAUUUAUUGGUUGUGUGAGUCGUCUAAAGAUCAGCGGUUUACCAGUCGACAUAGGCAGUAGUGCUAAAUCUGUGGUUGGUGUGUUAGAUUGUCCCGUAUGUCAACAUGCUCCUUGUCAAAAUGGUGGCACAUGUAGAGAAGCCAGUACUGAGUAUGGAUAUCGAUGUUCCUGCCCAGCAGGUUACACAGGCAGAACUUGUCAAGAUAUUGGCGAGAGCUGUUACCCAGGUGUGUGUGGUGCUGGUCGAUGUGUGAAGAAUGCUGGUCCUAGUGGAUUUCACUGUAUAUGUCCAAUAGGAACCGUGGGCGAAAGAUGUGAAACUGGUAUGUAAUACAUCUUGCAACGUCUGAAAUACCACACUUUUUUUUAGCUACUACAAACAUUAUUUUCAAUUUUACUUCUUCAUAUUUAUAAGUAAAAGCCAUGAUUUGAAAACCUGGAUAUACUGCUAUCCUGAAACAAACUUGUUAUCU